CUUUCGAUGAACAACCUGCCUCCCGGUUGGGAGACCCGUGUGUCUAAAAGCACUGGUAGGACAUAUUAUGUAAAUACGCUGAGAAAUGUGUCGCAAUGGGAUCUUCCUACUGAUUCCGUCACUAAUAAAAAUGAUGGCAAAAUUCGGUGUUGUCACCUCUUAGUCAAGCACUCUGGUUCGAGGCGACCGUCCUCGUGGCGGGAGGAGAACAUUACGCGAACUUUGGACGAGGCUGUGGAAAUUCUUAACGGUUACAAAGAUGACAUAAAUUCGGAAAGGAAUUCCUUUGGAGAACUUGCCUCGAAGUUCAGUGACUGUAGCUCGGCUCAUAAUGGCGGUGAUCUCGGUUUCUUCGGUCAUGGGCAAAUGCAAAAGCCGUUUGAAGACGCUGCUUUUGGUCUUCGUGUUGGCGAGAUGUGUGGCCCAGUAUACACGGAUUCUGGCGUCCAUCUUAUCAAGCGUGUAGCUUGA